GUCGGUCCAUAAACACGCGAAAAAGAACUUGGCCAAAUACUAGCCAUCUUGACCACACGCCUGAUCAAUAACCUCUAUUUUUCAGACCAGACGAGGGGUGGCACCGGGAACCGUUGCGUGACUUCGGCCCGUCACGGGAUUUACACGCCUCAUGUUUUCAAUCUUCCCCAACUCACGUGAAGCAUGACUAGAUAUUUAUUCCGUGUGUCAUAUAAACCAGCUAGAUGUUUACAGCAUGCAAGGAGGAGUGGUUGAUUUACAAUAACCUUGCAGCUUCGAAGCAUCUAAAAUGGCUGAUCUCGAGUCAACGAAUGGCGGUUUAGAGAAGCGUGAAUGUUCACUCUCGUGUUCCAUUCAAUCUGAGCGAAACAAAGACAAAGAAAGAAUUCGCAGAGCAAUUCUAGCCACUUUUAUUGCUGCCCUUGGACCGCUCGGCUUUGGGUACUGUGUCGGUUAUUCAUCCUCUGCGUUAGAGGAUUUAGCAAGUGAAUCUGCUGCUGUACGGUUAAAUGACAUACAGGGCUCCUGGUUUUCGUCCUUAUUUCCUCUUGGUGCCAUUUUUGGAGGUCCCAUUGGUGGAUGGGCGAUAGACAGAUUAGGUCGGAAGGGCACCAUAAUGCUCUGUGUCAUUCCUUUUGAACUGGGAUGGUUACUCCUCGCCUACGGCCAGAACCGUGGCAUGCUGUACGCUGGUCGUGCCAUCACGGGCUUAGGUUGCGGUAUAGUCUCACUUGCUGUUCCGGUUUACGUUGCUGAGACUGUAUCUGCACGGAUUCGUGGUGCAUUAGGUUCUGUUUUCCAACUAGCAGUGACAGUCGGCAUUUUAUUGGCAUACGUAAUGGGUGUCCUGUGCAGGUGGAGGUGGGUGGCAUUCGUAGGAGCAAUUCCUUCAGCAUUACUUCUCUUCCUGAUGUGCCCCAUGCCAGAGACACCUCGCUGGUACCUUGGAAAGAACAGGAGAAGUGAAGCAUUGUGUGCCCUGCUUUGGUUAAGAGGCCCUGAUGCUGACAUCGAAGAAGAAUGCGCGGCAAUCGAGGAAACGUUUGAGAGUCAUGAGCGCCUUCAACUGCGUGAUUUGUUAUCACCAGUGAUAGCAAAACCCCUGAUAAUUAGCACUGGUUUAAUGGUUGUCCAACAAUUUUGCGGAAUCAAUGCAGUGCUCUUUAAUGCUGCAUCCAUCUUCGGAACGGCAGGCUUCUCAAACGGAAAACUUGCCACCAUUGCAGUGGGCUUGGUUCAGUUUGUGGGUACAGGUCUGGCCUGUUUGCUUAUGGACAAGGCGGGACGUCGGAUCCUGCUACUGACCACAGCACUUGGGAUGUGCGUGUCUCUUCUGGCGCUUGGUGUUUAUUUCGAAAUCUACAUCCCUCCAACAACACCACCACCACCAACGGAUGAAAGCUUGGCUAGUGACACGGUCUCCCAGCUGGGUUCCAUAAGUCAUUCUGUCCCAGCCAAAACAAUUUCCUGGCUGUCCAUCUUGUGUAUUGUUCUGUUCAACCUCAUGUUUGCCAUCGCGUGGGGACCAGUCCCAUGGCUUGUCAUGUCAGAAAUAUUUCCCCUGCGAGCACGUGGCCCAGCGAGCAGCUUUGCAACUCUGACCAAUUGGACAAUGGCUUUUAUUGUUACCAUGACAUUUAAGUCCAUGGUGGCUACGCUCACCAAUCAAGGCGUCUAUUGGUUUUAUGCCGGGUUCUGUUUAAUGGGAUUCAUUUUUGUUUUCUUCCUUAUGCCAGAGACAAAGGGGAAAACCUUAGAGGAGAUAGAAGCUAUGUUUGACAAAGGUAAAGGCUAUCAGGAAAUUAAAAGCAUCUUACAGUUGAUCAAAAUGGUUGUUUCCGAGUUAGACAGCGAAUACAAUCCUUCGAGUUCCGUUCAAUCUGAAGGAAUGGCAGGAAAGGACAGAAUAGGAAGAACAAUUCUUGCCACUUUCAUCGCUGCUCUCGGCCCGCUUAGCUUCGGGUACUGCCUUGGAUAUUCAUCUUCUGCUUUAGAGGAUUUAGAAAAGGCCAAUGCAUCUUCUGCCGUUCGUUUAACCAGUGCUCAGGGUUCCUGGUUUUCGUCCUUGGUCACUGUGGGUGCUGUUUUUGGAAGUCCAGUUGGUGGAUGGGCAAUUGACAGGUUUGGCAGAAAAGGCACCAUAAUGUUUUGUGUUGUACCCUUUGAGCUGGGAUGGCUACUCAUCAGCUAUGCGCAGAACCAUACCAUGCUCUACACUGGCCGUAUCAUAACAGGAUUAGCUUGCGGCAUUAUAUCACUUGCUGUUCCGGUCUACAUAGCAGAGAUUGUCGCAGCACGAAUGCGUGGUAUGCUAGGUUCCGUUAAUCAACUGGCAGUGACAGUUGGCCUUUUAUUUGCCUAUGUAAUGGGUGUCCUGUGCAAGUGGAGAUGGUUGGCAUUUAUUGGUGGGGUUUCCCCAGCAUUGCUUCUCAUUCUGAUGUUUACUAUGCCAGAGACACCUCGUUGGUCAUUAGGAAAGAACAGACGAAGUGAAGCAUUGAGAGCCCUGCUUUGGUUAAGAGGCCCUGAUGCUGACAUCGAAGAAGAGUGCUUUGCCAUCGAGGCAACUCUUGAUCGCCAUGAAAAACUUCAGUUGCGUGAAGUGUUGUCACCAGUAAUAGCAAAACCCCUGAUAAUUAGCUCUGGUUUAAUGGUUGUCCAACAGUUUUGUGGAAUUAAUGCAGUGCUCUUUAAUGCUGCACACAUCUUUGCCAUUGCCGGCUUUUCAGAUGGAAAACUUGUCUCCAUUGCAGUGGGCUUGGUUCAGUUUGUUGGAACAGGUCUGGCCUGUUUGCUCAUGGACAAGGCAGGACGACGGAUUCUGCUGUGGACCACAGCACUCGGGAUGUGCGUGUCUCUUUUAGCGCUUGGUGUUUAUUUUGAAAUCUACAUCCCACCACCAACAGAUGGGGGUUCAACCAGCGACACAGUUUCCCUGCUGGGUUCCAUAAGUCAUUCUGUGCCAGCCAAAACAAUUUCAUGGCUGUCUAUCUUGUGUAUUGUUCUGUUCAACCUCAUAUUUGCUCUUGCGUGGGGACCAAUCCCAUGGCUUGUCAUGUCAGAAAUAUUUCCUCUGAGAGCACGUGGUCCAGCCAGCAGCUUUGCAACUCUGGUUAAUUGGACACUGGCCUUUGUUGUGACCAAAACAUAUGACUCCAUGGCAGAUACUCUCUCUAUUCAAGGAGUCUAUUGGUUUUACGCCGGAUUUUGUUUUGUGGGAUUCAUUUUUGUUUACCUUCUUAUGCCAGAGACAAAGGGUAAAACCUUAGAGGAGAUAGAAGCUUUGUUUGACAAAAAGAAAAAAAAUUACCAGGAAAUAAGAUAAAUCAAAUUAAGUACUUUCACAAAACAGGGUACACUAGAACAUCUGUUAUGGACACCUGGACACUGUUUAUAUGUGGCCCAGACAGUGAGUGCAGUUAAUGUUUUAGAUGAUUCUGCAGAACAUUCGAGCAAUAAUGGCAAAAAUUAAGUUACCAAAAAAACCUCAUGACAUGGUAAUGUUUUGAAUAAAGGUAGGAAGAUCUUAUCGAGACCUUAGCUCUCAAGCUGACGCUGCGAGAGAAAAUUGAACUUGUAGUUAUCCAUAUUUCUAUUAAAACGGACGUUUCACGUUAGUUAAAAACAGUGCAAUAACACAUGCCUUAAGCAUUCUUAAAAGGUUUGGCAUUAAAUUUCUCAAGAAUGCUUGGGGAUUUAAUCACGGGGUCACCUAGAGAAAUGAAUUACAGUGAGAUGUUGUAAAUAGUAUUCAAAAAUGUACCAUGCUAUAAGUAGAUUUCUAGUAAAUAAUUUUUGCACUUAUUGCGCGAACUUUGAGCAGAAUCCAUCUUAACCUCUUGCACAUGGACACAUCACGUCAUGGAAUAUUUCUGUUGCCAAGGGUUUCCACUUAUGGAUGAUUUGAUUGUACAUUGCAUUCAGCGAAUGUUACUUUGAACUUUUUAAGGCUUAAAUAUUGUUAGAUAUCUCUGAAUUCUUUGAAGUAACAUUACAUUUGUGUAACAGAAAGCACCUAAUGUAAUAUUCCAAAAUUUGCUAGGGGAGACUGCCACUUUCUUGAACAAGAGUUUUGGGAGAGAAGUAUUAAUAGACAUACUUUAUUUAAUACUUGGAUUUAAUACAAAGUGGUCAUUCCAGGGAAUUUUAUUUUAGUCCUUAGCUUUUUUUUAGCUGCUUUUUUUCACAUCUUGGCAUUUUUCUUUCUUGAGAGUGAUUUUUGCUGAUGUCAUUGUUUACAUUUUUCCUCAUUAACAUACAUCUUUACAUAGAGAAGCCAGCAUAGUAAAUACAAAUUGACUCCAAACACAUAAAGAGCCAGUGAAAUUUAAUAGUUGGUAAAUUUUUGGGCUCUUUGGUUGAAAUAUUCAUGGAGAAAUUGGCUUUUCAAAAGUGCAAAAUUUCUGGGUGGCAAGAGCUUAAAAUUAAUGAGCUCACACAUUCUUGGUAAUAUUCAGAACUCUAAAUGCACAUUUAAUCCUUUAAGCCCCAGUAGGAAUACUGUAUUUUUCUGACAUGGUCACAGCUGUGGACCCGACCAAAAGAAAUGUAGUGAAAUUUAUUGUUUGGGGUAUGUCAAAAUCACCACAGGAUGUCACAGAUUGGAAAUUGACUAGUGUCCAAAAGGGAAAGAAAAACAUUCAAAAACACCUUGUUCCUUGUAUGUAUUGGGUACAUCCCUGAACUAUAGUUUAAUUUGCAGCUCUUGGUGUGCACUUUUUUGCCAGAUAUUCACUUGACUGUAAAAGUGUAACUGGCAAAAAGGGGUGGUUAAUCAAGUUCUGGUAUAUGGGGUGGGGGGAGUAUGAUUUAUGCCUCCAGUAUGAGGAGCUCAAAGAUCUUUUUGGUGGUUGAAUUUCAUACAAAUUGACCAAAUAUUCAGGUUUUAAUAGUGCAAUUUUUUGUGCCGUUUGGCAAAUUUAUUCAUCUCUACUUCUAUACAAUUUUGGGAGUGAAAGUGGUGGAUAGAUUUAUCCAGUUUAAUAAAAAUUACAUUAUUUUAGCAUGACAAACAGUAUUUAUUUACUAGUGAUAGUAACCUAAUGAUAAAAUUGUUGGCAGGCAGGCUGUGACAGUGGAACUAAAUAUUAAGUUUUAGUUACUGCACGGUAUCCAGCCUUAAAUAUAUUACACUUACGAUUACUGGUCUCAAGGAGAAUGGUUAGUUUUGUUUUCCCAGGAAUCUUUGAUGUUUCCUGAGGGGAAGUCUGGGGAAACAGAGAGAUUAGAGGGAAAACAAAAUCAGCUGGAACAAAGGAACAGUUAUUGUUCUGUUAUAUAGAUGGAGUUUUAAGCGUAAAGUAAUAAGGCAAGAAGAAUUUCCCCCAUGGGCAGAUCUAGGGGCAGGGGGUAGGGCAUGUGCACCCCCUGAGAUGAAGCCUUCUGCUGCAUAUUUGCGUUAAAAAUUUGUUUACCUCACCAUUAAGGAGUGGCAUAACUGACUGGUGCACCCCCUCCUAAGAAAAUCCUGGAUCGGCCCCUGACCGAAGUCACAAUAACCCCUAGUUAGUGGGAGACGAGGUGACAAUAUUGCUUAAGUUGUGGCCUGCCAGGUGACAUUUUAGAAUUUGCCACAUGACCAUAAAUCAACCAAUAAGAGUUUGUUAGAGUCAACAGAACUCCAACUAUGUAACAAUAAAUUAUUAGAUUUGUUACACUUGUGAGCAAAAGGUGGAUGACUAUGGUAGAAAUUAUUUUCAGUAUAAAUACAGUACAUUAAAUGAUGUAUUUCUGUUGUACCAUAUUUUUACAUGUGAAAAUUGUAAUUCAAAAUCAUGUAGCAUUACACAUUAUAGUGUACUGUUCAACUGCUGUCAAUUACAGUUUUGUUUCACAAUGGCAAG